ACACAUUUGUAGGUGUGUGUGUGUAUAUAUAUAUAUAUAUAUACUUACACACAGAAGAAGGAAAAUGGAGAAAAGCAGUAGUAAUGGGUUCGUGAGAGCAGAUCAGAUAGAUUUGAAAAGCUUGGACGAGCAGCUCGAGCGCCACCUCAGCAGAACUUGGACUUUGGAGAAGAACAAGAUCAACAAGGAUCCAAACGACUCCUCCGCCGCCGCCGUCGCUGCCGCAACCCCCGCCGCCGCCGCCGUUGUACCCAGGAGGCAGAGGCAGGAGUGGGAGAUUGACCCAUCUAAGCUGAUCGUCAAGGGCGUGCUCGCGCGUGGCACAUUUGGGACCGUCCACCGUGGCGUUUACGACGGCCAGGAUGUUGCCGUUAAAUUGCUCGACUACGGGGAAGACGGCCACAGAACAGAAUCUGAAAUAGCAUCUUUAAGAGCAGCUUUUACUCAAGAAGUUGCCGUGUGGCAUAAACUCGAUCACCCUAAUGUAACAAAGUUUAUAGGAGCAACAAUGGGGUCGUCGGGACUAAAUAUUCAGACAGAAACAGGUCACAUAGGCAUGCCUACUAACAUAUGUUGCGUUAUCGUGGAAUAUCUGCCAGGUGGCGCCUUGAAAUCUUACCUUAUAAAGAACAGGCGAAGGAAGCUUGCGUUUAAAGUCGUUGUGCAGAUGGCACUCGAUCUUGCUAGAGGGUUAAGUUACCUUCAUUCCGAGAAAAUUGUACACAGAGAUGUUAAGACAGAGAAUAUGUUGUUGGAUAAGACGAGGACGGUUAAAAUUGCCGAUUUUGGAGUUGCUCGUGUUGAAGCAUCUAAUCCGCACGACAUGACGGGGGAGACUGGAACCCUAGGUUACAUGGCACCCGAGGUUUUAAAUGGGAAUGCAUACAACCGAAAAUGCGAUGUAUAUAGCUUUGGCAUCUGCCUGUGGGAGAUAUAUUGUUGUGAUAUGCCGUAUCCUGAUCUUAGUUUCUCCGAGGUGACAUCAGCAGUUGUCCGCCAGAAUUUGAGGCCCGAAAUACCAAGAUGCUGCCCAAGUGCACUUGCGAAUGUGAUGAAACGGUGUUGGGAUGCAAGCCCGGAUAAAAGGCCCGAAAUGGAUGAGGUGGUUUCCUUAAUAGAGGCAAUCGAUACUUCGAAAGGUGGUGGAAUGAUCCCUGUCGACCAACAACAAGGUUGUCUCUGCUUCCGGAAGACUCGUGGCCCGUAAAAAAAAGAAACUCGAAAAAUGGUAAGAAUUAGGGUUUCUUUGUCUGAAGAUUGAAAUCUCAAUUAUUGUUAUGCAUAGAGAAAAUCUGGAGUAUAUUAUUUAUAUUAUCUCGGAUCUCUUGCAUGGUGUAAACUGUAAAGCUUUUUUUUUAGAUAUUUUUCUUUUUUAAAAACUUAAUUUAGUUAUUUUAUAUUUAGCAUUCUUGAUUCAUUUUAAUUUUAUAGUGUGGUGUGGGAUUGGGAUAUUACUCUAUAUUAGACCAAUGUGACAUGAAAAUUGGACUAAUUAUAAAUAAAAAUGCAGUGAUUGGUCGGAA